ACAACCCCGGCAUGAUCGGUGUUACGCAGCCCCGACGGGUGGCCGCCAUGUCCAUGGCAGCGCGAGUUGCGCACGAGAUGGCAUUGCCCACAUCGCGUGUUUCCUACCAAAUCCGCUACGACGCCACGGUCUCUCCAACGACGGCUAUCAAAUUCAUGACUGACGGAGUGUUGCUGCGCGAACUUGCGACCGAUUUUCUCCUGACCAAGUACUCGGUCAUCAUCAUCGAUGAAGCACACGAAAGGAGCAUGAACACAGAUAUCCUGAUUGGAGUGCUCAGUCGUGUCUUGAGACUUCGCGAGGAAAUGUGGCUGGCUAACAAAGCUGAUUUCAAGCCUCUGCGGCUAGUCAUCAUGUCAGCGACGUUACGAACGAACGACUUUGUACAGAACAAGACGCUCUUCCCAGCCCCUCCACCUCUCAUCGUCGUCGAGGCCCGUCAGCACCCAGUAACGGUUCAUUUCAGCCGGCGGACCGUCGGUGACUACGUCACGGAGGCUGUCAAGAAAGCGACCAAAAUCCACACGCGUCUGCCGCCUGGCGGCAUUUUGGUCUUUCUGACCGGACAAAAUGAGAUCACUGGAGUUUGCCGACAGCUGGAGGCCAAGUUCGGUGCCAAGGCUCUGGAGAGGAAGCGGCGGGUGAGAGAACAGGACGAAAGCACUGUCGACGUCUUUCAGCCUGCGCACGGCAAGUCUCUCCUUGGAUCUCAUCGCUCUCAUCGCUUACCAGGAUGCAGCCGACGUCGAGGCCGAAGAUGUUGAACUUGGAUCUGGUGAACUGGCCCUCGACGUGGAUGACGGAAUGGGCGAGGAUGAUCCUGAAGCACUGGAUACCGACGAGGAAGAAAGCGAAGAACACCAGUUGGACAAAGAGCUUGGGCUCGACUCAAACGGCUGCGAUGUGCCGAUGCACGUCGUGCCUCUGUACUCGCUUCUGCCGAGCGAGAAACAGAUGCAGGUCUUCCAGCCUCCUCCAGAGGGCAGUCGGCUUGUAGUGGUCUCGACCAACGUAGCCGAGACAUCGCUCACCAUUCCGGGGAUUCGCUAUGUCGUGGACUGCGGGCGAGCGAAAGAGCGGAGGUACGAUGUCGCCAAUGGCAUUCAGGCCUUCCAGGUGGGCUGGAUCUCCAAGGCAUCUGCUGCCCAGCGAGCGGGCCGAGCAGGCCGAACGGGCCCUGGCCACUGCUAUCGGCUAUUCUCGUCCGCGCUCUUCGAGCAUCACUUCGACCAGUUCGCUCAGCCGGAAAUCGCGCGGAUGCCCAUCGAAGGCGUCGUUCUCCAGAUGAAAAGCAUGCACAUUGAUUCUGUCGUCAACUUUCCUUUCCCCACGUCCCCGGACCGGACCACACUCGCCAAGGCCGAGAACAUACUGACCCACCUUGGAGCCCUUGCAGAAGGAAACGCCAAGAACGAUGGGCAAAUCACCGACCUGGGGCGUAUGAUGGCUUUGUUUCCGCUCUCUCCGCGCUUUUCGAGGAUGUUGGUCAGCGGACAGCAGCACGGGUGCUUGCCGUACAUCAUAUCCAUUGUCUCGGCACUGUCUGUCGGCGACCCGUUCCUCCAUAACGAGCACCUGGGCGAAAAUGACAAAGAUGACCGCAAGGACUUCUACAAGACUCAGCAUCAACAUUCGUCGUUGGGCAACUUCACGAGCGACGUCUUCCGCAUCUUGUCUGUAGUCGGCGCAUAUGAGUUUGCCGGCGGCGGAAUGCAGUUUUGCCAGCAGCAUUUCGUGCGGCCCAAGGCGAUGGAAGAGAUUCAUAAAUUGCGUGCCCAAAUCAGCAACAUCGUUCAGGCCAACUUCUCGAGUGUCGACGCUGGAUUCGAUCCGAAGCUGAAGCCUCCAAGUGACCUGCAGCUGAAAGUUCUUCGGCAGCUGCUGACCGCAGGCUUUAUUGACCAAGUAGCCGUGCGCAAGGACCGUCUCGACAAGAGCGGCAGCGGCGGCUCCGGAGCCCAAUACACGACAGCCAAAGGGGUGGCAUACCGAGCCAUGGGGAUCAACGAGGAUGUCUUCAUCCACCCUUCGUCUGUCCUCUUCAACGUGUCACCCCCCGAAUACGUCGUCUUCAGUGAGGUGGUGCGGACCAGUCGCUUGUGGAUCAAGGGUGUGACUGCCAUCAACCCGGUCUGGAUCUCGUCUCUGGCCAAUUCGUCCCUGUGCACCUUCUCCAAGCCCACAAAAAACGGCAAAGGAGAUCUCGUUGUCACGCCACGAUUUGGCAGCGAGGGCUGGGAGCUGCCACCUGUGAAAGCAGGCUCAGUCAAGUCAUAAUAUGUGUUGUAGUAUCAAGUAGCAUGUGUGUACGUGGGUCUGAAGAUGCCAUGUGAGGAUCAUAGCGGUGCUGAUAAGAUGAGAGAUCUCCCAUCAUUCGACCCACUGCGACACGUGAUGCUCCUGAGUCUUACAUUACUUUCC